UUUCCGGCAUAGCUGUAGUUGGCCUAGUCGUUGCCGGCCGCAGAAGGCGGCCAUUUUCCAUGGGAGUGGAGCCGCCGAACGCUGCUUCUCCCGGCGGCCGCGGCCAGAGGGAGUGAGAGGCGAAGACCCCCGGGCGUGUAGAUCGCCGCUCCCGGCACGGGAGGAGGGGGAGUCGCCGCCGCCCUUACAGAGGGGAGGAUGUUUUCCUUCUCUACCACCGUGCAGCCCCAGGUUACAGUUCCUCUGAGUCACCUCAUCAAUGCCUUCCAUUCACCAAAAACCUCAGCUACUUCUGUCAGCACAGCAUCUAUUCAGUCUCUACAGAGGGAUACAGCCCCAGAACAUGAUGCUCAAACCAGUGAGCCUGUACUGAAUCUGAGAGACCUGGGAUUGUCCGACUUGAAAGUUAGCCAGCUCGAUGAACUAAUGAACAGGUUGCUUCCUGGCUAUUGUACAGAAAACAAAAUCUCUUCCCAGUGGAAUACAUCUUAUAUCUCUGCACAGUCCUUCUUUGAAAAUAAACAUGGUUUCAUGGAUGUAUUUAGUACUUUACGCUCAUCUUACUUAUAUAGACAGCAUCCUAGUCCCCUCCAGCGUGUGUGUUCAGACCUUCAGCGCUGGCCAGUUUUCAUACAGUCUCGGGGUUUUAAGACUUUGAAAUCAAGAGCAAGACGUCUGCAGUCGACAUCCGAACGAUUUGCAGAAACAGAAAACGUAUCCCCUUCAUUUGUAAAGGGACUCCUUUUGAGAGACCGAGGAUCUGAUGUUGAAAGCUUAGACAAGUUAGUGAAAACAAAAAAUAUACCUGAAGCUCAUCAAGAUGCGUUUAAAACUGGUUUUGCUGAGGGCUUUUUGAAAGCACAGGCACUCACGCAAAGAACAAAUGAUUCCUUAAGACGAACACGUCUUUUUCUCCUUGUUUUGUUACUGCUUGGUAUUUAUGGCUUGUCAAAAACCCCAUUUUUAUCUGGUAAAGGCUCCUUUUCUGAUACUGUACGCUUUCGGACAACAUCUGGGCUUGAUGCAGCAGUUGAUCCUAUUCAGAUGAAAAAUGUCACCUUUGAACAUGUUAAAGGAGUGGAAGAAGCUAAGCAGGAAUUACAGGAAGUUGUAGAAUUCUUGAAAAAUCCACAGAAAUUUACUGUCCUGGGAGGUAAACUUCCAAAAGGGAUUUUGUUAGUUGGACCACCAGGUACAGGCAAGACCCUUCUUGCACGAGCUGUGGCUGGUGAAGCUGAUGUUCCAUUCUACUAUGCAUCUGGGUCAGAGUUUGAUGAGAUGUUCGUUGGUGUUGGAGCCAGUCGUAUCCGAAAUCUGUUUAGGGAAGCAAAAGCAAAUGCUCCUUGUGUUAUAUUUAUUGAUGAGUUGGAUUCUGUGGGCGGGAAAAGAAUUGAGUCUCCAAUGCAUCCCUACUCAAGACAGACCAUCAAUCAACUUCUUGCCGAAAUGGAUGGCUUUAAGCCUAAUGAAGGAGUUAUUAUUAUUGGUGCAACAAACUUCCCGGAAGCAUUAGAUAAUGCUCUAAUACGUCCUGGCCGCUUUGACAUGCAAGUUACAGUUCCAAGGCCAGAUGUGAAAGGUCGAACAGAAAUUCUGAAAUGGUACCUUAAUAAAAUAAAGUAUGAUCAAUCUCUUGAUCCAGAAAUAAUUGCACGGGGUACAGUGGGAUUUUCUGGAGCAGAGCUAGAAAAUCUUGUGAACCAAGCUGCAUUAAAGGCAGCUGUUGAUGGGAAAGAUAUGGUAACCAUGAAGGAACUGGAAUUCUCAAAGGACAAAAUUCUCAUGGGACCUGAACGUAGAAGUGUAGAAAUUGACAAUAAAAACAAAACAAUCACAGCAUAUCAUGAAUCUGGACAUGCUAUAAUUGCAUAUUAUACCAAAGAUGCAAUGCCAAUCAACAAAGCUACAAUCAUGCCCCGAGGACCAACGCUUGGACAUGUGUCUUUGCUACCAGAAAAUGACAGGUGGAGUGAAACUAGAUCCCAGCUGCUUGCACAAAUGGAUGUUAGUAUGGGAGGGAGAGUAGCAGAAGAACUCAUAUUUGGAAGUGAUCACAUCACAACAGGUGCUUCCAGUGACUUCGACAAUGCUACUAAAAUAGCAAAGCUGAUGGUGACUAGAUUUGGAAUGAGUGAGAAGCUUGGUGUCAUGACGUAUGCAGAUACAGGGAAACUCAGUCCUGAAACCCAGUCUGCAAUUGAACAGGAAAUAAGAACACUUUUAAGGGACUCAUAUGAACGAGCAAAGAACAUCUUGAAGACCCAUGCAAAAGAACACAAGAAUUUAGCAGAAGCUUUAUUAACAUAUGAGACUUUGGAUGCCAAAGAAAUCCAGAUAGUUCUUGAGGGGAAAAAACUAGAAGUGAGAUAACAACUUCCUUUAUGGAGUCUAACUGAUCAUUUGAAGAAUGUACAUCUAGCAAUGCAGUUGUCUCUGAAUGCAGCAUAGCUUUUUUUCCUGAUGUUUGCAUAGUAUUAAUAACAUUUCUUAGUGUUAUGCGUUGUCUUGAGUUUUUGUUACAAUUAUCUAAUUUUUGUCUUUGUUCAGAAAGAGAGACAAGGAAUAAAGUAAGUUCCCACAGGGAAAAAAAAAUCAGAAAUAGAAAAUCUCAGGGUUGAAUCCACCUUGUUCGGAGACCUCAGUCAAAUGUUGAAAUUGGAAGAAAAGAAAAGUGAAUGCUCUCGUGUGUUCAAGCAUAUUUUCCUUGGUUAUGCUGCUAUCUGUGGGUUUGAAGUGGUAGCAUCUUAGUAUGUACAGUAUAAAAUUUUGUAGAAAGUGAGCCCUUAAGUGCUAAAGUUACAAAACAGUAAUGAUUUUAUGUUUACCAAUAAAGUACAGUUUUAAAAAAACACAGUUCCUGCUCCAGAAAUGCAACAAACAUACCUGUUAAAUGAGUGGAUACACAGUGCAUCCCCAAUACAGGGAAAUACAGGGCUCCCAAAACAGAUAAACUGUUGUUAAUUGCACUUUCAUUACUCUUAAAAGAUAAAAUGUACAUAUUCAUAUGAUUCAAAUUUUUCAACACGAUAUGUCAGCAAUGAUGGGAUACACCUGUAUAAAAGUCUUUGGACCAUGCUGUAAAAAGUAGCAUUCAUGCUGACAAAAUUGUGCCAGGGAUGGGAAAUGCUGCGCUGUCACACCUAAUGUGUUCCUGACAAAGUUAUCUCUCAAACUUUAUAAGGUUAGCAGUAUAUGGGUGUAAUUUGAUAGCCAUGCUUUUAUACUGCUGGACAUACUAUUGAAUUGGUUUUUACUAAUAUUGUGUAUGGACUUUUUGAAUAACCCGUGUAAGAUUUCUUCCAAGAGGAGACAAGUAUUACUCACAGAA